AUGGCAAUAUUGUUACCAGGCAACAUCGCAUUCACGCCUUCCGACGUCACGGAGGCCAACCUAGACCCUGUCCGACGACUAUUACCAACUCUACCAAUUUCUGUAUGUUUAAGAAUAGCAAUUGCCUAUAAAAAACGAGGUUUGGCACACAUAGCUCAAUCUUUGCUAGAGGAGUUAGCCUUAGUGGCCAAUGAAGAGGAUAUUUAUGACAUAUUUAACGUAUCGGCCUAUAUAUCAUUUACCCGUGGGCCUAAGUAUCGGGAGACCGGAUUCCACUAUCUUACCCGAGGUGAAGCAAACGGGGUCACUCCUCUCUCACUAAUCGCAAGGGUUACCUACCUUAAAUCACUAGAAUCUGAAGAAACAAAUACUACCAAUACAUCAUUCGUUCAGAUUAGGGAAUUGUGCCACUUAUGUUUAGCCAAUUAUCCGGAAAAUCCCCUUGUGCUAGUUACAUUGGGCAAUCUUUACCGUUCAUCCAGUGACAGUCAGACUUCAUUAAUUUACUACAUAAAGGCACUUCAAUCUACAGUUAGAUUGAGUGGUAAAAACUGCAGUACUUACAAUGUACUGAUGGAUGUGGUACAAUCCCUGUCUGCUAAAUUUAAAUCACAAGGGAAUAAAACUAGUCCUACGGAUUACAUCACUAAAUUGUACAAAUCUUUACCCAUGCAUUCCCCUAUAAGAAGUUUGAUACACUCAGAAAUAAGUUUUCACAACUGUAAAAAUGAAAAUAAUUACGACUUUCAAAAAUUGGAUUUAUGCCGCCAAUAUUUGAUGAAUUUGAAAUCAUCAGUGACAAAUUUGUCUAGCUCACUACAGGGAAUAAUACUGUCGGAUAUAUCUUUUCAAUUGGGUCGGAUAUAUCAUGUACAAAGAGAUUAUCAAUCUGCUUAUCAAAAUUACAGCCAAAUCACACAUUUCGAACCUUCUGCGCUAUUAAAUCUAGUUAAAGUAUCAAUUUUGGCUGGGAAAUUGUCAAAGGCAAAGGAUUCAUCCGAUAUACUGGAAAACUUCUUCCGUAAAACCCCAAAUUACUACACCAUUUAUGCCAGUAUGUUGAGUGCAAUCUCCCAGGUGAUGUACUUAAUCCAUUCGGAAAAGAGGAAUAUAUUUCAAAAGUUACAGAAUGGAAGUAUAAGCGUUUCAACAUUCAGUUGUGGUUAUAAUUUGUUGCAGAUGGAUCAAAAUAUUGCCUUGUGUGAUCGUUUAUCUAAUCUACAUAAUACUGCAUCUAAAAUCGAGUCAGAUGAAAAAUUAAAAUUACUACACCUUAAAUGCCUAGAGUUGUUAUUAGAUAGGGGUAGAUUUGAAUUUAUUGGAGAUUAUUUGAAGCUCAUAUCAUCUAUGGAUUGCAUUAAUAAUUACGUACCGCUUAAGUUAGUGAAAUCUAACAUAUUAGCAUCAAAAAUCCUGCUUAACCAAACAAUAUCAUCGUAUGAACUUAAAACAUUACAUUCACUUGAGUCUAACAGUGUGAAUGUUAAAAAUAAUGGUACUCAAAUAGAACAUGAUAAUAAAAAUUUAGCUCCUGAUGUUACGAAUCAUAAUAGUAUUUCUGCAAAUACGCCUAAUGAAUACAUAUCGUACAAUUUGGCACUAGGUAUGGAAUCUGCUGGACACAUAUCACGUUCUCAAACAGUACUAAAAAAUCUGACAACAAACCACCCAAAUUUUAUCCCAGCUUGGCUCAAACGCGCUAGGAUUGCACUUAAAAAGAACGAUCUAACUAGCUACAAUCGCUACAUAUACCAAAGUAAAAAUAACGCUAGUUUGUCACCAGAACCUUGGCUAUUCCAUUCAUCUAACCUGUAUCAAAUGAACAAGAUCUCAGACGCUAUUAAUGAAAUUCAUAACCUGUGUAAAUUACACCCAAGUUUGGGCAGUGAUUCGUACGUACAAACUUUGCUUUCAUAUUGUUACAUUGCAAAAUACGUCAUUAAAUCAUCUAACUGCGGUGAAGUGUAUACACUGUUACUCGAUGAUGCAGUAAGGCACGCACGCAAGGCUUUAAAUAGGCCCUACCUUUCGAACUUUUAUGCUGCCAAUGCCCUAGCAGUCAUUCUAGCUAUGUCUGGGUUUUUAAAGGAAUCCAUAGAUUCCUUCGCCGAUCUUAUAGUGGAUACUACAGACCGACAUCAGCUUGCUGUAGCCAACUACAAUAUGGCUAUUGUCAUGUCCGCCAUAUCCAGACAAUCAGGUCGUUUAGACAAGCUUAAAGCUGGACGUGCGAUUACAUUAUAUAAGACAGUAUUAAAGCAUUCAAAUAAGCCACCAAUGUCUCUGUGUAAAUAUAACUUUUUAACUGGUAACCUGGAAGAGGCAAUUGAGACCCUUCAGUACCAAGCGUUGCUAUCUCCAAGAAAUUUGAAAGUAUAUCACAAUUUAGCAGUGUCACUAGAUGCGGCACUUUGCCGCGAUUUAAGAGUAGAGGCUAAGGUGGUCGAUCCAGAAAAUAUGCAGAAAAUGCGCUGUGAUGCCAUGACUGUCGAAUCUAUAUCGCAAUUGUUUAUUAAGUUGAUAAAUAGUGAUACCCAGGGUUACCUAGACGCGGAUUUUGUAUGGGACCACAACUUUGUGAUGGGCAUGUUAGUUCGGUCUAGGGACAAGAUAUUACCUCACAUUAAAGACACUCUGCCUACAAUUGAAAAAUCUAAUGAAAAUAUUAUGAAAAUGAAGGAGAAACGCCGACAGGCGCAGUUGGAAAUCCAGCAGGCUCAAAUUCAUAUGCAGCAGCUGGAAAUUGAUAAGAGGGAGAGGGAGAUGAUGGAGGAGCAGGAACUUAGUAAUAGAUUGCUGAGAGAAGCAUCUGAAAUUGCAGCGGAGUUACAUCCAUAUGUCUCUGGAGGGGAAAGCAACAACCCUGAUUUGUCGCCAAAAAGGAUGAAAUCAGCACUAUUUAACGAGUGA